CUUGGCAGUAAGCCGGCAGUAUGUAUAUAUAUGCCAGUCAACCCACCUUAAUCCAGACGACCGGGUUACUCUACACACUCAACAUGAAGGUGCUAUUCUCCUCCUUGUUACUACUAAUAGUAGCUGUCAACGCCGCUCCAAAGGCCCUCGAGGUGGUUCAGGCGCCCUCAGAUUUUGAAAAAGAACAGCCAGAGGAUUCAUGGCUACUCCCGACUAAUCAUGCUGACCAGAAACCUAACCUAUCGGAGGACUCCAACACGGACCAAGAGCCUGGGGAGGAACAUGUCUCCAACAAAGAUCAAACCCCUGAAGAAGGGCAGGAAGAAUCUGUCAAAAACCAGAAGCCUGAAGGGGUCGGCGAAUCCUCCAUAGAGACGAGACGUCGUUUAAUCGAGGACUACAUGAGCCUGCAACGCGAUCUCAUGCUGAUCAGACGACUACUGGGGCUGUCUCUUGACACUCCAAGACCCAGGCCCGUAGCCUUCAACCCAUGGAGCUUCCCCAGUUUUGGGCCAUUUUUCGAAGACGACAACGAUAACGAUACUUGGUUCGACACCUGGGGCAGCAACUCUUCAGACAGCGACUCCUCGGACAACGACACGACUGUGAUCGUUCCUGCAGGUGGAUUUUUGGGAUUCCCUGGCAUUGGAUUUGGCUUCAACAGACCAAUCUUUCCAAGAUUCCCACUUUUCCCGAUUGAACCCAGCUUCCCCAAGGUGGAUGACCUUCCAGACAACUAUGACAACUCUACCCACGAGGUACAUGUUGUGAAUGGCUCCCGCGUCGAGGUCAACACCACCACCAACAAGGAGUCUGGAGACGGCUUCCAAACCUUCUUCCACACAGAGGUAAUAGCCAUACGCCCUGAGAAUGAGAAGAACACCACAACUACACAAACUGAGGAAAACACUGGUGAGGAGAAGCCAGUGAAAGAAGAGAAGCUACCAUCGCUUCCUGAAGCGGACAACGAAGCUGAUGUUUCGGAAAAUUCUUCCGCCACUGUUCCUGAAGUAGGACUCAAGGGGGAGACUGAUACUGUGACGACCACUGAGGCUGAUAGCAUCCUCCCUUAGCUACUACACUUAUAGAUCUUCCCUCAGCUGCUGCUCCUGCAGCCCAUCACUCAUUCUAGCUGCUGCUGUGACUGCAGCCUCAUCAAAGGCUUUCAUAGCUUCACUAACAUAUCAUAUUUACAAAUUAUAUCUAUACAACACAUGGAUUAGUGUAUGCAGCUCUAUGUAUCACAAUACAACAAGAAUAUGUUUGUAAUACCACGUUGUAUGUCUACACAGAACCACAUUUACAACUAAUCCACACCUGGAAAGGAAAUAUUUAUAAGUUUCAGUCAGUGUAGUACUACUAUUAAAGGGACAUGCAAGUCCCCCCCAUAUUCUAAUAUCAAGUUAAUUUUCCCACUAUAAUCCACAUUGUCCGUAAUUAUGGACCUCUGCAACACAAUUAUCCUCAAAGAUUUAAGUUAUACCUUGAAUUAAGUAAAGUUCAUAGACUUCACCUUACAAAACAAAGCAAAUGUGAUAGUAAUUAUGGAUAAAGUAGAUUCCAGUGGAAAAAAUGAACAUGUUAUUAGAAGACAGUGGAACUUACGUGGUUCUUAAGUCAUUACGAGGUUAUUCUCUAAUUGCGGGUUGUGAAUUGUUCCAGUAAGGCAUUGUGAAGUAAUUAUGGAUAAAGUAGAUUACAGUGGAAAAAAUGAACAUGUUAUUAGAAGACAGUGGAACUUACGUGGUUCUUAAGUCAUUACGAGGUUAUUCUCUAACUGCGGGUUGUGAAUUGUUCCAGUAAGGCAUUGUGACUUAUUCUUCAUAAGUCAUCAUUUUAAGACAAUAAUCCUGUGCGGUAACAAUGACAUAACACAGACUAGACGUGGAAAAAUAACACAAGAGGCAAAAGUAUAUUGAAGUGUUUAUAACUUGGUGUCUUUUUCCCAUUUAUUCUGUUUUAAUUAUUGUAAAACCUAGUACUGGUAGCUCAGCGAAUGUUAAAUCAGUUGUGGGUCAGAAUUUAACCUGUCAGGAGACACUUGUCCUGUUUUCCUGACAAAAUUGUUAGACCUGCUUUGUGUAUAUAUAUUGGCUGUGAACUGUACAAGUAUAUAUAUACGUAUAUAUAAUUAAAAUUAUUUUAAGGAA